AGGCAGCGGCGGGGAUGGCGAGCCGCGGAGCCGGGGUGGUGACGAUAGCAGCAGACCUGCCAUUGGACAAGGAGGCCUGAGGGACGGGCCAGCGCGGUGAACAAGGAGAGACCGAGGCGGGUGGCCUCGAGAGAGUGAGGGCAAUGGAGGCCAACAUACCGAAGCGGAAGGAGCCUGGCAAGUCCCUGCGCAUCAAAGUCAUCUCCAUGGGCAACGCCGAAGUGGGAAAAAGCUGUAUUAUAAAGCGGUACUGUGAGAAAAGAUUUGUGUCUAAAUAUCUUGCAACAAUUGGAAUUGACUAUGGAGUCACAAAGGUACAAGUCAGAGACAGAGAACUCAAAGUUAACAUCUUUGAUAUGGCUGGACAUCCCUUCUUCUACGAGGUUCGUAAUGAGUUUUACAAGGAUACACAGGGUGUGAUAAUGGUCUAUGAUGUUGGUCAGAAAGAAUCCUUUGACGCCCUUGAUGCGUGGCUGGCAGAAAUGAAGCAAGAUCUCGGACCUCAUGGAAACAUGGAGAAUAUUGUGUUUGUGGUGUGUGCCAACAAGAUCGACUGUGCCAAGCACCGCUGUGUAGAUGAAAGUGAAGGGCGCCUUUGGGCAGAAAGCAAAGGGUUCCUGUACUUUGAAACAUCAGCACAGACUGGAGAAGGAAUCAGUGAGAUGUUUCAGACCUUUUAUGUAUCCAUAGUUGACUUAUGUGAGAAUGGCGGGAAGCGACCUGUCACAAAUAGCAGUGCUAGUUUCACCAAAGAGCAAGCAGAUACCAUUCGCAGAAUUCGAAACAGUAAAGACAGUUGGGACAUGUUGGGAGUCAAACCUGGGGCCUCAAGGGAUGAAGUCAAUAAAGCAUAUCGAAAACUUGCUGUGCUGCUUCACCCUGACAAGUGUGUGGCCCCUGGCAGUGAAGAUGCCUUCAAAGCAGUUGUGAAUGCCCGGACAGCCCUCCUGAAAAACAUCAAGUAGAAAAGAAGAAAACAGCAGAAACAGAAGUGGACAUUAUCAAAACCGCAGAAAGUUUGGUGUGACCUUAUAAACAAGUUGCUCCUUUUACAGUGAGUUCCUUAGGUAGGAUUUCAGCUAUCAGUCGUUCCAUAACCAAUGAGCUCGUGGCAGUCCUUUGGAAGUUUGUGAAAGGAGGCCAAGACAAUUCCGAAUCGAGCCGCCCUUGUGUGAAAUGUGCCCUGUUCCAACCACCAGGGGGAGACAGGCUAGUCCCGGGAGAGACUAGGAGGUGGCAGUCGCCAAGUCCGGCUGGCUGCUGCCAGUCCUGCGCCUGGAUCUGAGGCCUUUCUUUAGCCAUGGAAAUGGGUGCUGGUAGCAGCAAAGAGCAUGGUGUACCUAGGGAUCAGGAAUCAGUUUUGCAGGUCACACCAGAGAUUGUGCAGAGGGGCAAGGCCAAAGAGCAGGCCAGCCCCGGUCAGCAUGUUUGAUGCUCUAGAAGAGCCCCCACAGGAGGCAUAUGCCUCUUCUUUCUACAUCUCUGUCCAGACAGGUGGGAAAGGCAGGGGUACUCCCCCAUGCACUGGGCCUCUUCUUUGCUUCAUCAAUGUUAGUUCUUUUUUCCUCUUCAGUGCUUCCUUGUUUUUUUUAUAUACUACAUCUGCCGUCAUUUCUCCUGAAUCCCUGGCUCCUGGCAACUACCUGCUCCAGUCUCCCUUUCAGGCCCUGACCUUACAAGCCCUGGUUGACCAGAGACGAGUUUGGAUCCUCUGGUGGUGCUGGAGGGAGAGAUCUGAAGGCCUGGGUAGGAGGAACCUUUUUCCUUUUUGCUUGGGCUCCAAAUUUCUGAAUAGUAAUAUUUUUCAACUAUAGAUUAUGAAAACUAAUUUCACACAGAGAAAUACAUUCCCUUGCAUUGUCUCCUCCUCAGUGUCCAAGGGAUGGAUGAAAAUUGAGUAUUAGGACUGGCCAUUUCUCCAGAGCUUAGAGAGCCAGUCUCACUGACUCAGUACGUCAUCACUGUCAUUACAUUACUCGUAUUUUUAGCUGUGGCCACGUUGCACUAAUUGGGGUUUUAAAGCAUAUAAAACGUUACUGUUUGUGAAUUUUAAGCAGCUAUCCCAUAUUGAUCGCAUAAUGGCACUUACCUUACCACCUAAAGGGAAAAGCCACUUUGGUUUAAUCCAGGCCCUUUGCAGUCUUCAUAAUCCUUCCGUUCUGCAAAGCACUUCACGGUGUGGCUGCACUUGGGCUGCGUUGAGCUUGUUCAGGAAGCCAGAACGUUUUUUUCUAAUAUGAAUUUCCAUCUUGGUGAUAUUGAAAUGCCUUUUUUUUUUUUAACGAAUUGAGUCUGAUAUUUGAUUUCUUGCAGCAUUUCCCUCUGGACUUUUCAUUUUAACUAGCUUAGUUAAAUUACACAGAACUCCAACCCAAAAUUCUUCGGGACCUCAAUUUUGCUUUAAGGCCUUCAUCAUACCUGAAGUAAUUAAACCAAGAUCUGUUCUUGCAUCAGAAUUAGUCAGGUAAAUGAGAGGUUAUGCAUGGUAGUGUCAGCCCAAAUUGACAUGACAGCUUGCUGAGUGUGUGACCCUGUAUAAAGCUGAUGCCCGUUUUCAUCACUGUUAUUGAAGACAAGAUUGGUCACCUCAUUCAGUGAUAUUGUACAGAUGAGCAGUUACAGCAGGCCACGUUCUUUAGUGCCUCUAUUCGCAUGCUUACAUAACAGGUGGCUUUAGCCUGAUCUUGAUUCCUAAGUAGAGACUCAGUUCCCAACACCUUAUUUUUAAGGUUAAGGAUGGCCAUGAACUACUUUGUUUAUGUAAAAGAAAGAAAAAAAGAAAGUUAAAUUUCAGGGUCCUAGAAUUUUUCUGACAUCCAUAAUCCUUGAAUAGAAUACUGAGAGAUAAUAAAGCAUGAUUUGCAAUGAAAAGGUUUUUUGGUACUACCUUCAUACAAAACUUUACAGACCUCUGUGCAUUGAUUUAAAUUUUUGGUGCCAAUAUACUGUGCAGUUGAACCUUAUUAAAAUUCUUCAGUCAGUUACCAUUUCAAAAUACAUAAGUGAGAAUAAGAACUAGCCAAAUUAUUUCAAUGGCUAAAAAUUUUUUAUAGAGAAUCUUCUUUUCAAAAAAUAAUAAAAGGCUCAAACAGCUGUUAUUAAAGAAAAGCUGUUUCUUCUACAUCUGAGUCACCAAGAAUUAAGUUUUAAGACUUGUGAGAAGUCCCCGGAGGCAUUUCCAGUUAAUUGCCAACCUACCUAAGCACUUUAAAAUACGCCCUCCUUUUGUUCCUCUGUUCCUCUGCUCCACUUCGUGCCUCUCAUUUGAAUUAAUAUUCUCAACUGUCAGCAUUUCUUUCACUUCAGCAUUGUCAUUUUAUUUCCUCCCAGAAAUGUGUCCUUGGUUUUGCUAGCCUGUUAACUUGAAAGCCCAGUCUUGGGGGUAUUGUGUGGCUACCCAAGGUAAAUGGCUGUGCUCCGUAGAGUGCACCCUGUUCUUUAAGGCUUACGUUUAUCUCAGGAAACUUAACUCUCGUAUGUUCUCAUGCAUUGAGUUCUCAACUGGUAAAUAUUGCUUUACUCAUAAUCUAGUACCUAACCCACUGUUAGCCAAAUGAGCCAUAGGCAGCGCAGCUUAGCCAGAGCAAACGGUGGUGCUCGCAAGCCCUGCUGUUCCUCACAGAACAAAGACAAAAUCCAGAGCGGGAGGGAGGGUGGAGCUGUGUGCAGAUUGCUUUCCACAGUGAGGGUGCCCUUCUCACAAGUGAUUUCAGUAGGCGCUGCAGUGUCACUCUUUCCCCACUGCACUCCAUCUAGCUCACUCUGAGUCUGCCAACAUUUCUGUAAAACUUUUGAGAAUGAGUUUAGCUGCAAUAUAUAGCUAACCACCUUCCAUUACAAGUUUUGUGAAGUGAAGUUCCUACUUCUCAUAACUGAUAUCUAGCACAAUGUAAGACACAGUUAAUACUGUUUGUACAUUGGUUUUUCCCAUUAAAUGUUUCUAGAUAAGACAAAACCUUACACUUGUGAUGUGGAUGUUAGAUCGUGUCUAACAAGCAGUGCAAUAUUAAGUGCAAUAAAGGCCCUGUUGGUGAAAUGACUUGUUGGGAUGUGGACAGUUUGUGUUCACCUCCUGCACUGAUUGUGGGGGGGUGUUCGUCCCCUUGGACUGUGAGUGCAGAGUCUCUAGAGAAGCCCUUGCUCUUACAAGGUAAUUUACAUAUUUGCUUUCUGUUGCAAAAACUGAAAAUGUUAAGUCUAACGGUUGUUUAUGUCUUGUACAGAGAGUGUCAUAUGUAUUUAAGUUGUGUAUUUUUAUAAAGUAAAGUUAAAAAUCAGA